UUACUUGGAUGGAGAGGGCGCAGUGAAAGGCUUGACAGCGCAGCUGGCCGUGUGUGUAGGAGGAGACGGAGGAGAACCGGGCGGUUUGAAGGGACGGGGAGCCAGGAGGAGCGGCGCGGCGGCGGCUCCAUGAGCGGCUCCUGCCGGGAGAGAGCGCGCACAGCCGAGCCGGAGCGCGCGCACUGCCGCGGCUAGAGAGGGACCGAGCCCCGGGGCCCCAGGACGGCGGCGAUAGCCUGUUUAAUGGACAUGAACGCGCUACUGGAUCGCUUUCACAACUACAUCCUACCGCAUCUACGAGGGGAGGACCGCGUCUGUCACUGCAACUGUGGAAGGCAUCAUGUCCACUACGUAAUCCCGUACGAUGGGGACCAUUCCCUGGUGGACUCUUCAGAGAACUACUUUGUGAGUGACAGUGUGACGAAGCAGGAGAUGGACUUGAUGCUGGGCCUGCUGUUGGGCUUUUGCAUCAGCUGGCUGCUGUUGUGGCUGGACGGAGUCCUGCACUGUGCCAUCAGGGCCUGGAGGGCGAGCCGGUACUACGAUACUCCAUCCUGGUCAUGGUUGCCCCAGUUCUGCAACCUUCGAGAACUCCGUCGUCGAGCCCAGCUCAGGCAGCUCGAAGACUCCAGCGGAAACAUGGUCCACAUCAAGCAGAAGCUCUACCACAACGGCCACCCCAGUCCCCGACACCUCUGACUCUAAAAUCAAGAAAGAAAAAGUAGUCCUCCUCCUUUCCUUGAAACUCCUUCAACACACCACAGCCCCUUCGUGCCAAACUUCCCCGUGGCCAAAUGUUGCCUCAGAGACCUGGAAAACUGCCCUCCCUUUGUUUAUAAUGUGCCCCCCCUUUCACCCCAUUGGACAGGGGUGAACCCUGUCUCUGUCUGCACUUAAAAAAAGUCUUAAAUGGAACAAGAUUAUGUGUUGCCACUGAAAUCUUGAGUCUAUGUCCACCAUUGUGGGAAGAAGAGGAAAAGCAUUUUUAAAGGUGUGUUUUUCUGUAUAGAGACAUUUUCGGUGUUUAUUGUUCAACUUGGCAUGCUCUCUUAGAACAGGGUACGAUUUGGGCAGCGUAU